AUGGUGGCUACCGAGCCCUCUGUUCCUUCUGAGCAAUUCACCAAAAUCAAAGAACCAGAGUUGAUACUGGAAAACGGCCUACAGGAGGAAGAGGAGGAGGAGGAGGAAGAUGGAGUGUGCAUCCUGAAAGAUUGUGGGACGCCCAGGGAGCUGGAGGCAGAGUGUGCUUAUGGGGCCCUCCAGGCCAGGAUCCCGGAAGACGAGCUGGAGCUGGUGCCUGCCCCUUCGGUGGAGGGUGACAAGCACAUCUUGACCCUGCAGGCGGUGCACCUUGUCUCUGACGAAGCAGGGUUGCAGGAGACCAGCUGGCUGAGCGCACAGCCCCCAGAAGAGAUGCAGAUGGUGGUACAGCAGGCUAGUUCUGAGCUGCCAUCGCUGGUGUGGCUGGGCGAGGAGUCUGCACAGAGCCUGCAGCAGUGUGUGGCCAUUAGUGUCCAAGAAGAGCUGUACUCCCUCCAGGAGAUGGAGGUGAUGGAGUUCAACGUUCUGGAGGAGAACGUGUUGGUGGCCAGUGAAGACAGUAAGUUAGUGCUGAGCCUGGCUGAAAAUUCUGGACUGAUUAAGCCUGAGAAAAAUGAGGAGGAGGACCAGCUUCGGGCUGAAGGAGGAUCGGCUGAAGGAGCAGAAGAUCAGUUCUUUUUUGUGGAAGCAAGCCCCGGAGAGGACGGAAGCCAUGAAAUUGUUCUGACAAUUUCGAAUGUGAACUUCGAAGAACACGAAGAUAGAUCUGCAUCUGGUCAAGCAAAUGUUGAAAAAGCCAACUCUGUAAAAACUCAGAGAAAGACAAAGGGACCAAAGAGAACCUUUUGCUGCGACCACUGUAUGUUCACCUCUGCCAGAGUUUCGAGUUUCAAUCGUCACUUGAAGACACACACCAAUGAUAAGCCUCACCUGUGCCACCUCUGCCUGAAGACCUUCCGUACUGUCACCCUGCUGAGGAACCACAUCAACACCCACACAGGAACCAGGCCCUAUAAGUGUGGUGACUGUGACAUGGCAUUUGUCACCAGCGGGGAGCUCGUGAGACACCGGCGUUAUAAACACACGCACGAGAAGCCCUUUAAGUGUUCCAUGUGUAAAUACGCCAGUGUAGAAGCCAGCAAGCUGAAGCGUCACAUCCGCUCACACACCGGGGAGCGGCCCUUCCAGUGCUGCCUGUGCAGCUACGCCAGCAAAGACACCUACAAACUGAAGCGGCACAUGCGGACGCACUCAGGUGAGAAGCCCUACGAGUGCCACAUCUGCCACGCCCGGUUUACCCAGAGUGGGACCAUGAAGAUACACGUUCUGCAGAAGCACAGCGAGAACGUUCCCAAAUACGAGUGUCCCCACUGUGCCACUAUCAUUGCCAGGAAAAGCGACCUGCGUGUCCAUCUGCGCAACUUGCAUACUUACAAUGCCACGGAGAUGAAAUGCCGCUACUGUUCUGCUGCCUUCCACGAACGCUACGCCCUCAUCCAGCACCAGAAAACCCAUAAAGACGAGAAAAGGUUCAAGUGUGAACACUGCAGUUACGCCUGCAAGCAGGAGCGACACAUGAGAGUUCACCUCCGCACCCACACUGGAGAGAAACCCUUCACCUGCCUUGCCUGCAAUAAAUGUUUCCGACAGAAGCAACUGCUAAAUGUUCACUUCAAGAAAUACCACGAUUCGACUUUCAUCCCGACUGUUCAUGAAUGUCCCAAGUGUGGCAAAAGCUUUUCCCGCUGGAAUAACAUGCACAGACAUUUAAGGAACUGUGAUGCCGGGGAGAAGUCGUCCACCUCAGGAAAAGGAAGAACAAAGAGAAGCGCAGUCCUGAAGGAGGCGGUAAAGGAGGAAGAAACUGCCAUUGAGGAGGUGUCCACCAUGAGCGGAGGACAGUUCCCAGACGAGAUGGCUCUCGUCAGCUUCAGAGAAGCCACAGCUGGUAGCGAGGACAUGGAUGAGGACAUGACCUGUGAGAUGAUCCUGAACCUGAUGGAUAAGUGA